UCACCAUUUUGCUUGAAAUAUACCCCAAUACAUGUAAGUUAGUACGUAAAACGCAUUCAAAAUAUAUAAUAUUGAAAUUGUUCACAUCGUAGCUAACAUUUUGAUUAUCAGUUUAAAGUUUACCCUCAUAUCGUAUACAUGUACACUCAUUAUCAAAGUAGAACACUAAUAUUUUAUCCAUUUGAACAAGUCACUCUAUAAGUUUACUCUAUUUUCAAAAUGGCGGAGAAGGGGUGUAUCUAUAAAGAAAAAUAUGAAGUUCCCGGGAAGGGAAAACAAAUAAUUUGUCAACCAUGUUUAAGUAAGGAUAAACAAACGAUAGCGGAAAAGUUUUGUUCGACGUGUGAUGAAUUUCAGUGCUUGGAAUGUUCCAACGUUCACAACACACACGCAUUUUUAAGAAGUCACGUGUUAGUGAACGCGAAUGAGGCGAAAACAAAACAAAGCUCGUUUGACAUGAAAGGAUUAGAUCAAUGUUAUCAACAUCAGGAAGUUCUAAAAUUCUUCUGCGAGGAUGAGAAUCUGCUCUGCUGCAGUACCUGUGCUAUUGUUGAUCAUCGUAAAUGUCAGAGCGUUGUGGAAAUUCAGAAGGUCGUUGAAAGGAAAACCUACAGAGGUUCAACUUUAAAGAAUAAAUUGCAGGAAAUGAGACAGAAGGCUAACAUAAUCGUAGACAGCAUUGUCUCAUCAAAAGCGAAACUUGAUGAGGAUAUUACAGAAAUGCCAAUUAAAAUCAAGCGAAUGCGGGAUGAAGUAAUCAAAAUGUUUGACGAGUUGGAAAUUUCCGUUGUUAAACACGUUGAAAUGUUUCAAAAUGAGACAUUAAAAAAGCUGACAAUGAAGCAGUCACAGACCAAGAAAUAUCUAGCUGAUAUAGCAACGUGUCUUGAAACGAUUGACAACGUGUAUCAGAACGGAUCCCUGGUACAACAGUUUAUAGUAGAGCAGAAGAUGAAGAAUGACGUCAAUGUUCUUCACACAAACGUCGGUGCAGAAUGUCAUGAUUUAGAGACCGUGACUGUAACCUUUGAUUUUGAUGAAACAUUAAAACUUCCCCCUCUACCAAUCACUGAUUAUGUUCCAGGACAAUUGUCUGUAAAGUUUUGUCUAUCAGAAACAGCAAAAGUUAUUGCUCCUGUUAACAAGGCAAUGAGAACCACACUAGUAAAUUCAAUUGAUUUAAAGCAGAAAAGAAGUAAAGAAAAAGAGCCAUUGUAUGCAGGGAUUGAUUUCUUACCUGAUGGUAGACUUGUUGCUGUGGAUAAUAAAAACGAGAAAUGUUUAGUUUACAAUGAGAGGCUUAAGAAAGUAGGAUCAUAUCAGUUAUCUUACCCGCCACAAUCUGUAGUUGCUGUAUCUGAGGAUGAAGUAGCGAUAACAAGUGGUGGUGCAUUAAAGUUAGACAUUCUACGUGUUAACAAAUCUAAUGAUAUAACUUUAGAUAGAACAAUCAAAGUGACAACAAAAUAUUACUCGAUAUGUCAUAAAGAUGAUAAAUAUUUCGUCGGCGAGACAAAUAAUCAUUCAUCACCUGUACGUAUAAUAUCAUCUACAGGAAAAGAGAAAGAUUUCAAUAUCAACUUUCCGAGUAAGUCAUAUUCUGUGACGACAAAUGCUUAUACUUACAUAAGGAACAGUGACAAAGUGGUGCUUACAGAUAGAUCCGAGCAUACUGUCUGUAUAUAUGACGUCAAGACAAACACGAGAGUCGUGGUGAAGGAUGAUCAGAUAAAGGAUCCGUGUGGUGUAGCAGUUGGUCCCUAUGAUACUAUCCUAGUUUGUAGUAAUGAAACAGACUGCAUUGUACAGAUAUCACAAACUGGUCAGAUCUUGUCAUCGUACAAGAUAGAUAUGAUAUUUCCAAAAAAAAUUUGUGUCUCACGUGAUAGAUCAUUUCUUGCAAUAACAAACGCUGGUGAAGGUGAGAUGAAACUACAAAAGUUUAAGAUAUCACAUUGAAGACAUGCAUUUUGACAUUAUCAUCUUUAACAAUAAAUAAAUCACGAUAAGUCAUCAGUGUAAAUAACAAUAUCAAAAGUUGAGCAUUCUUUUUUUAAUUCAUGCAACUUUAUAAAUACUACAAAUAAAAUGUAUGUCUUUCAAAGUUUGUAAAAAGCGUUAAAAAAUCAACGUGUUGUUCAUUACUAAAAUAUGUGCAUGUAUGUCGCGGAGCUAUUUGUGCUUACUACCUUUUGGUCCAUGGACCCGAUUUUUAUCAAUUGAUCCCUUCGAUUUACAGCUAAAAAUAAAUUCGGAAUCAAGAAUUCCUUCCGAUUUCUAUUAUGUUAAGUCAUAUAUUGGUUUCCCAUUCGGUGAUUUGCAGCAUGUCGUAUUAAUGAAAGAGAACGGGGAAGGCAGUAUAAGAGACGAAACAAAAAAUACUCUUAAAAAUUCGGUAAUUUAUUUCUUACAUUUGUAUCUUCUACAGGAAAUUACUUAUUAUUUUGUAGUACACAGUGUGUAAUGUAUAUAUUUUAUUGCAGUACAUGAAUUCGAAAUCUAACAUUGAGAAAGUCUGAAAAUCUAUUUAGAGAAGUUGUUUAGUCUAAACGAAACGGUCAUUCGUAUCGCGA